AUGACCUGGAGAUCACUGUUCCGACUCUCAGGUAGCUCGACGCCGGCGACCAGUCCUCCGCCUUCCUCGCCCACCUCGCCCAAGCUGUCGCACCACAGCUCGCGCGCGUCUGCAGACUUCGACGCCGACGCCUACUCGGCCAUGGAUUCGGUCUUCUCCUACCUGCGCAUCCCCAUCCUCGCCUCCACCGGCAUAGCCACCGUCCUCAGCGGCGUGCUCUACUUCAAACAAAAUGAUAUCAUCUACCCACGCAACAUCCCCCCAGGCGCGCGAACAGAUGUCCCUCGACCCACCCAAUUCGGCAUCUCCGACUUCGAGGAGCUGAUGAUCCCCACUCCUGACGGCGAGUCGCUGAGCGCAUUCUUCAUCCGCCCCGCCAACAAGCAGCAUGCUCGCAACGUCACGUUCCUCAUGUUCCAUGGCAACGCUGGCAACAUCGGCUACCGGCUGCCUAUUGCAAAGAUACUCGAAGCGGAGCUGGGCUGCAAUGUCUUGAUGCUGCAAUAUCGUGGAUACGGCCUGUCUACUGGCACGCCUAACGAAAAGGGUCUGACAAUCGAUGCGCAAACCGGUCUGGACUACAUCCGGCAACGCGCAGAGCUGCGUGGCACCAAGAUUGUCCUCUACGGCCAGAGCUUGGGCGGAGCCGUCAGUAUUGGUCUCGCUGCAAGGAACCAAGAGCAAGGCGACAUUGCCGGCAUUGUGCUCGAGAACACAUUCCUCAGUAUCAGAAAACUGAUCCCCAGUGCUUUCCCCCCGGCGAAAUACCUUGCGCCGUUGUGCCACCAGAUUUGGCCGAGCGAAGACCUGAUGCCGAAGAUCAAAGACGUCCCCAUUCUCUUCCUCAGCGGCGUGAAGGACGAGAUCGUGCCGCCGUCUCACAUGGCCAAGCUUUUCGACCUUUGCGUUGCCAAGGCGAAAGUCUGGCGCGAAUUUCCCAACGGCAGCCACAACGAUACCGUCGCUGAGCCCCUUUACUUCGAGUACAUUGAGGAUUUCCUCCGCAGCCACGUGCUUCGCAAGUCCAGUCCGGAGAAGACUGCGCAGGCUAAAGUUUGA